AUUGUGAAUAGUUUCUCUACAACAUCUGAUUUUGGCAUAUUUCUACCAAAAACAUUGUACACGUGAAGUUGUUUUGGUAAAGAGAAAAAUUAUUUUUAAAUUAAAAUAUUUAACUGAAAACGUAGUGGAUAGUCCAUUGAAAUGGAAACUAUAAGCCUAAAACAGCGUUUUCUUGAGGAUAAUUUGCAGUACAAAGAAAUAAAAGCAAGCACUGAAUUAACCACAAUCGGUCAAUUUCAAGACAUCACUGAAAUCGAAGAUGAGAUUUGGGUCCUGCAAUGUCCGAAAGGAUAUAAUAUAGAAGAAAAUUUGCAAAGUCAAAAAUUAAAGCUCCCUGGUCGUACCAAUUUUACCUCAACUGAAGCAGUAGCAGUAGAAUAUGCCGAACCAGAGACACGUGCAUUUGGCUACUGCAAUCGCAAAGGUCGUUAUUCCCUGCGACUACUCCCAGUAAAAGGAAGCAUUUUACUUCGUGAUCGCUUGAAAGCGUCUGAAGCGGUGACAUUAGAAAAUGCCGAAGCUUUAUGCCCGCCUCAAAGUCGCGUUCCAUUUCCUGACAUGAUUAAGGUUCGUCAUCCUUUGCAUGGCCACCAAUUCGACAAAAGAUUACGAAUAAACAAAUCCAUAGCAGAACGGUUGAAAAAGGCAGAUGAGAUGUCGGCGAAAUUAACGUAUGAGGCGGUUACAAAUAGGAAAAGUGUGAAAUCUCAAAAUAUCAAGUUGUCUAGUCAGAAGCAAAAAUCCAAACAGAUUUCUCCUGUAAAUGAAAAUCAUUUGACGGAUGACGACGACGUUCAAUUCCUCGGUGAAGUAAAGCCAAAGAAAAUAGAAAACAAACGAAAGCGAAACGAUAGCACAAGAGUGGAAGGACAAUCGACAGCGGGAAUUCCAAAGAAGAAGAAAAAAUCGGAAAAGGGCGAAGAAGUCGCAAAAGAUUUACAAUGGCUUCAACAUAUAUAGAUUACAUUUAAUUUUUGUGAAAUAAAUACUUUGAACAAGAAAAUCUUUGUUUACCUAUUUUAAGUAUAACAAAUACACCGUUUUUUUUAAUUAAUGGCGGCAUUAAUAUAAACUGUUCACGAUAGACAGAAUGUCCGAAUAAAUGUCAAAAAAAGAGAAUAAGGAAAAGUAUAAAACAGCGCGUCUUUUUCCUUCAUGGUAAAAAAAUAUUUAAUUGUUUGUAAUUAGUUUCAUUUAUAUCAUAUUUAUAAAAUCAAAAUAAGUAAUUAGAAAAUUUGCGAGAACAAAUCUGAGAUGACCGAAGAAGAACUGGCAGCAGAGGCCUCCACCUCGGCGCCAAAAGAUGAUGUAUAUUUUCUGCAGUAUAUAGAAAUGGAAAAUUUUAAGUCGUAUCGCGGACAUGUAAUUGUUGGCCCACUUAAGAAGUUCACUGCAGUUAUCGGACCUAAUGGCUCAGGAAAAUCUAACUUUAUGGACGCAAUCAGUUUUGUUAUGGGAGAAAAGACUUCCAGUUUACGUGUGAAGCGUCUUAAUGAUCUAAUUCAUGGAUCAUCUAUUGGUAAGCCAGUUUCGCGUAGUUGCUACGUAACUGCUAAAUUUCUCAUUAACGAUGAGAAGCAAAUGGAUUUUCAGCGUGCAGUUAUUGGCGGAUCAUCUGAAUAUCGUAUUAACGGAGAGAACGUGUCGAGCAGUGUUUAUUUAUGUACUUUGGAAAAAAUGGGUAUAAACGUUAAAGCGAAAAAUUUUUUGGUUUUCCAAGGCGCUGUCGAAAAUAUUGCAAUGAAAACACCGAAAGAACGUACAGCAUUAUUUGAGGAGAUUAGCGGCUCUGGUUUGCUUAAGGAAGAUUACAAUCGUUUAAAGCAAGAAAUGAAUUUGGCAGAAGAAGAAACUCAAUUUACAUAUCAAAAAAAGAAGGGUAUGGCAGCAGAGCGCAAAGAAGCAAAACAUGAAAAAAUGGAAGCUGAACGUUAUGCACGAUUAAAAAAUGAAUAUAAUGAGAAGCAAGUGGAGUACCAACUAUUUCGUCUGUUUCACGUUGAGAACGACAUUAAAAAACUUAAUCAAGAUUUAGACUCAAAACAACAGGAUGUUAAAGCCGUUGAAGUACGCAAAGAGCAAGCCGAUGAGGUUUUACGUGAGAAGAAAAAAGAUGCGGGCAAGUUCUCACGUGAUUUGGCUAAAAUUGAGCAAGAAAUACGUGAAUUUGAAACGCAAAUGAAUAAAAAACGCCCAUUGUACAUUAAAGCAAAGGAGAAGGUGGCACAUUGUCAGAAAAAGUUGGCAUCGCUGCAGAAAACACUUGAAACUGCGCGAGAGGCGGAUAAUGCACAUCAACAAGACAUACGCAAAUUGGAAAAACAGCUAGCGGAAGUGGAAGCAUUAAAAAAACGUUAUGAGGAUGAUCUGGAAAAUGAGUCUCAGCGUCGUGGUAAAAGCGUGACAAUGGAGGAAGGCUUGGUGCAAGAGUACGAUCGUCUCAAACAGCAAGCUGAAGCCACAGCUACACAAUAUCGGUCGCAAUUAGAUUCUGUAAAUCGUGAACAAAAAUCGGAUCAGGAUAUGUUAGACGGAGAAGCCAAUCGUAAGGCAUCUGUUGAAGAGUCCCUAAAAAAGUUGACAUUACAACGCGAAGAAGCAGUGAAACGACGAGACAAGCUAAUGGAUCACAUAAAGUCAUCACAAGCGGCAUUGGAGGAGCAAAAUCGCAUUAAAGAUGAACUGCGACGUGAUGUGGGUUGCUCCAAAGAAAAGAUAGCUGAAAAGCAACGAGAGCUGGAAAACGUGCGCGAUCAGCUAGGCGAUGCAAAGAGUGACAAGCACGAGGAUGCGCACCGCAAAAAGAAGCAGCAAGUUGUUGAGUUGUUCAAGAAGCAGGUGCCGGGAGUGUAUGAUCGCAUGAUAAACAUGUGUCAACCCACACACAAACGCUACAAUGUUGCAGUCACAAAGGUGUUGGGCAAAUAUAUGGAGGCAAUUAUUGUGGAUACCGAAAAGACCGCAAGACAUUGCAUACAGAUAUUGAAAGAGGAAAUGCUGGAAGUGGAAACAUUUCUACCGUUAGAUUACUUGCAAGUGAAGCCUCUCAAAGAGCGUUUACGAAACAUUUCUGAACCACGCAACGUUAAACUCGUUUUCGAUGUACUCAAAUUCGAACCACCUGAAAUAGAGCGUGCUGUCCUCUUCGCUACGAAUAAUGCGUUGGUGUGCGAGACACCUGAGGAUGCUAUGAAAGUGGCUUAUGAAAUUGAUCGUACACGCUAUGACGCGCUCGCCUUGGACGGUACCUUCUACCAGAAGUCUGGUAUUCUUUCUGGUGGUAGUCAUGAUUUGGCGCGCAAAGCCAAACGUUGGGAUGAGAAACAUAUGGCACAAUUGAAAAUGGAAAAAGACAAACUAAACGAGGAGUUAAAAGAGCUGGUGAAGAAAUCGCGCAAGCAAAGUGAACUGGCUACCGUUGAGUCGCAAAUUAAGGGUUUGGAGAAUCGACUAAAGUACAGUAUGGUGGAUUUGGAAUCAUCGAAAAAGUCGAUACAGCAAUUCGAUAAUCAACUCAAGAUGGUGCAAAGUCAAUUGGAUGAAUUUGGCCCUAAGAUCAGUGAGAUUGAACGGCGUAUGACGAAGCGCGAAGAACAUAUUCAAGAGAUUAAAGAGAAUAUGAAUAAUGUUGAGGACAAGGUAUUCGCUUCGUUCUGCAAACGUUUGGGCGUGAAGAAUAUACGCCAGUAUGAAGAGCGCGAACUUGUUAUGCAGCAGGAGCGUGCGCGAAAACGUGCUGAAUUCGAACAACAAAUCGAUGCUAUCAAUACGCAAUUAGAUUUUGAGAAGCAAAAGGACACUAAAAGAAAUUUGGAACGUUGGGAGCGUGGUGUGCAGGAUGAAGAAGAUGCGUUGGAGGGUUUGAAAGCAGCCGAAAAACGUUACCUCAAGGAAAUCGACGAGGAUAAAGAUAAAAUGGAGAAGCUGAAGCAGGGCAAACAGGCCAAAAAGCAAGCAGCUGAUGACAUGGAAGAAGAUAUAUCCAAAGCCAGGCGCGAGGUUUCCAAUUUGGCAAAGGAAAUACACAACUUAGGCAGCCAGAUUUCAGCGAUUGAGGCAAAAAUCGAAACGAAGAAGAACGAGCGUCACAACAUUUUAAUGCAGGCGAAGAUGGAUUGUAUUGCUAUACCGCUACUCAAAGGUUCGCUCGACGAUGCCGUGCGUCAAGGCGACUCUGAAACGAAUACCACUUCUACUUCGCUUAUUUUAGAACGUGAAAAUCAAAUCGAAGUCAAUUAUAGCAGUUUACCGCGUGAAAUUUGUAAGCUGAAAGAUGACUCCUCCUUUAAAAAAAUGAACGACACAUUGCAAAAGGAUCUACAAUCGAAAUUGGAUAUACUUGAGCGCAUACAAACACCGAAUAUGAAAGCCAUGCAGAAGUUAUCACUCGUCACAGAGAAAAUACAGUCGACCAAUGAGGAAUUCGAAAAUGCACGCCGCAAAGCGAAAAAGGCAAAAUCUGCUUUUGAAAAGGUGAAGAAUGAGCGUUCCGAGAAAUUCAUCCAAUGCUGCAAUCACAUAUCCGAUGCUAUUGAUGGUAUCUACAAAAGUUUAGCGCGUAAUGAAGCGGCGCAGGCAUAUCUCGGACCGGAUAAUCCAGAAGAACCAUACUUGGAUGGUAUCAAUUAUAAUUGUGUGGCGCCGGGUAAACGUUUCCAGCCGAUGAGCAAUUUAAGUGGUGGCGAAAAGACCAUUGCUGCCUUAGCUUUGCUUUUCUCCAUACAUAGCUAUCAACCGGCACCGUUCUUUGUGCUGGACGAAAUUGAUGCAGCGCUGGAUAACACCAAUAUAGGCAAGGUCGCUUCCUAUAUACGCGACCACACAAAUAAUUUACAGACAAUUGUCAUUUCGCUGAAGGAGGAGUUCUAUGGACACGCCGAUGCCUUGGUGGGCAUAACCCCAGCGGAAGGCGAUUGUUUGAUUUCAAACGUUUACCUGUUUGAUUUGAGCGUCUUUGAUGACAAGUAACGAUUUCAAUUAAUUUUCAGAGAACUAUUAUGCUUUACACAUUUUUUUUUUCACCACAAACAUAUAUAUGUACUGUUAAUAACCAUACGAACACAUUCAUAGGGAAUAAAAGUAAUAAGUAAAAAGUG